ACCUUCUCCGCAGGUGACCAGGCAUUGAUGCACCCCCAGGGAGGCCGCGCACUCGAGGAGGCCAUCCCCCCUGGCUGCUGCUCACAUGGUUUCUGGGCCCCUGGCACUCCGGUGGUGCGUGUGGGCAGGGCGCGGGGACAUGGGGCCCGACAUGGAGCUGCCCAGCCACUCGAAGCAGCUCCUGCUGCAGCUGAACCAGCAGCGCACGCAGGGCUUCCUGUGUGACGUCAUCGUCAUGGUGGAGAACGCCGUCUUCCGCGCCCACAAGAACGUGCUGGCCGCCAGCAGCGUCUACUUCAAGUCCCUGGUGCUGCACGACAACCUCAUCAGCCUGGACACGGACAUGGUCAGCUCCGCGGUGUUCCAGCAGAUCCUGGACUUCAUCUACACGGGCCGCCUGCUGCCGGGCGAGCCGCCGGCCGAGCCCAACUUCAGCACGCUGCUCACCGCCGCCAGCUACCUCCAGCUGCCCGAGCUGGCGGCCCUCUGCCGGCGCAAGCUCAAGAGAGCUGGCAAGCCCUUUGGCUCCGGGCGGGGUGGCGCUGGCCUGGGGCGGCCCCCCCGCAGCCAGCGGCUGUCCACGGCCUCGGUCAUCCAGACCCGCUACCCGGGCCUCGUGGACGGGCGCAAAGGGGCCCACGCCCCCCAGGAGCUCUCCCAGGCCAAAGGCUCCGACGACGAGCUCUUUCUGGGUGGCUUGAGCCAGGAGGGCGCACACGGCCUGGGCCGGCCGGUCUGUCCCGGCAGCGGGGAGGCCGGCCUGAGCGGCUGCAGUACCAACGGGGGUGGCGGCAGCUGCGAGCAGGAGCUGGGCCUGGACCUGUCCAAGAAGAGCCCCCCGGUGCCCCCCGCCACCCCCGGGCCCUCCCUCACCCCAGACGACCCAGCCCAGCUGAGUGACAGCCAGGAAGGCUCGCCCCUCUCGACCUCUGCCCCUCCCGUCGCCAACAGUGCCUCUUACAGCGAGCUGGGGGGCGCCCUCAGUGAGCCCAUGGAUCUGGAGGGGGCGGAGGACAACCCGCUGUGCCUGCUGGAGGGGCCGGGCGGGCCGCCGCCCCGCAAGAGCCUCCGGCACUCGGCCCGCAAGAAGGAGUGGGCCAAGAAGGAGCCCGUAGCCGCCUCCCCGUUUGAGCGGAGGGAUGUGGCGCCCAAGGGCCCGUGCCCGGGGGAGGACGCCGAAGGGCUGGGCGACAGGGUCCCCAAUGGCGUUCUGGCCGGCAGCGCGGCGGCGGGCCGGCCCUUCGGGGAGCCCCCGUACCCCUGCAAGGAGGAGGAGGAGAACGGCAAGGAUGGCAGCGAGGACAGCGCGCAGAGCGGCAGUGAGGGCGGCGCCGCCGGCGCGCCCUACGUGUACCGGCAGGAGGGCUACGAGCCGGCGCCCUACGGCGACAACCUGUACGUGUGCAUCCCUUGCGCCAAGGGCUUCCCCAGCUCGGAACAGCUCAACGCGCACGUGGAGACGCACGCUGAGGAGGAGCUGCUGCUCAGGGAGGAGGGCGGCGCCUACGAGGCGGGCAGCGCGGGCGCCGACGAGGAGGCGGAGGACCUGUCGGCGCCCAGCGCGGCCCUGGCGGCCGGGCCGCGGCCCUUCAAGUGCUCGGCCUGCGAGAAGACAUACAAGGACGCGGCCACGCUGCGGCAGCACGAGAAGACGCACUGGCUGGCGCGGCCCUUCCCCUGCGGCAUCUGCGGGAAGAUGUUCACGCAGCGCGGCACGAUGACGCGCCACAUGCGCAGCCACCUGGGCCUCAAGCCCUUCGCGUGCGGCGAGUGCGGCAUGCGCUUCACGCGCCAGUACCGCCUCACAGAGCACAUGCGCGUGCACUCGGGCGAGAAGCCUUACGAGUGCCAGCUCUGCGGGGGCAAGUUCACGCAGCAGCGCAACCUCAUCAGUCACCUGCGCAUGCACACCUCCCCCUCCUAGAAGCCAAAGACCCGGCGGGCCCCGCCCCCCACAGCUUUAA